AUGGACCGAAGCGUCAGCGACCGUGCAUCCCAGCAAUUCUACCAGGGACCGCCCAUCUUACCGCGACCUACAGAGGAUGCAGAAACCCAUGGCUCUUCAGGCGUUUCAUCUUCUCGGCAUCCGCCUCGGAUUCAUCAUCGUAGCUGUACCGAGUGCAGCCGCCGCAAGGUGCGAUGCAACCAUCACCAGCCGUGCUCCAACUGCGUCAAGGCUGGGAGCGAAUGCAUCUUUCCCACGUCCAGGCGCACCCCGGUGAGGCGUGAAAAAGCCUCUAGAAGAAGAGACGAAGAGCUUUUAAAAUCGCUGCGGAGACUCCAGCGCCGACUGCAAUCCACCGAGAUUGCACAGCUGGUUGCUCAGGGCGAAGCUGAUGACAAUGGCGAUGAGGGCAACUGCUCCGAGGAAAGAAUUCGUCAAGAUGAAGAGGCGGGAAGCCAUCAAAUCAGUCCUUUCGGUCCUUCUCCACCGACAACUCAUGUAGACGAUGUGCCAGGCAAUACAGAGGAGUCUGCUCGGCUAAUGCUUGAUCAUGACCGUAGCCGGUACAUCAGCAAUCAUUUCUGGGCAAGUAUGUCCAGAGAGAUUGAUGAAAUGCGCGACAUCUUGGACGGCUCCUCCUCGGAGCAGGAAAAUGACGAUCAAGACCACCAAGACCAAGGCAGCGAGGCAACACCAAGCUCUCGUCUAUCACACAACAGCCGCGACUUUCCCAUCUUCAGCCCGUCUGCCACUUCUCAGUCACUGCAGUCUCUCUACCCGAGCUCUUCGGAUCUUUUGACCAUUUUUGACGUGUUCCAAGAAAACGUCGACCCCGUUGUUCACAUCUUCCACCGCCCUACGAUGCGGAAAACCAUCACUGAGGUACUGCCGGUCCUAGACAGAUCGUCGAUGGACCGCAUGACGGAAGUGGUUGUGUUUUCCAUCUGCUAUGCCGCAUUGACUAGUCUGAACGAUGCGGACUGCCAGAAGCUGUUGGGAGAAGAACGGCGCGUGUUGCUCUCCCGGUAUCGGUAUGCGACUGAGCAGUCACUCUCCAGAGCUCGCUUCCUGGAGUCGCAAAACCUAGGCAUCCUCGCAGCCUUGAUAUUGUUCCUGCUCUGCCUUCGUCGACACGAUGACUCCCGCCUUGUGUCCAGCCUGCUCGGUGUGGUGAUUCGCAAUGCGCAAGCCGUGGGAUUGCAUCGCGACGGCACAAAGUUCAACCUCUCGCCGUACGAGACGGAGUGGAGGCGUCGUCUGUGGUGGCACAUUUGCGUGCUCGACAUUCGCGCCGCCGAAGAUCACGGGUGCGACCCGUCAAUUUACGACCAAAAUUACGACACCAGAUUCCCGCUGAAUAUCAACGAUGACGACCUUUCUCCCGAAGCCACUGUUGCGCCGCCAGAACGACAGGGAGUCACCGAUAUGACCUUUUGUCUCCUACGCUUCGAGGUUGCGGUCGCCAUCCGCAAGCUCAACUACCAUGGGCCUGUUGGGAAUCAGGAGCCAGCACUGUCCACGGUUGAGAAACGUGACUUUGUGGAGAGAAUAGAGAAACGCUUUUAUGAACGCUACAUUAACUGCUGCGACAUCACCAAACCCUUUGACUGGGUCUCAGCUGCAUGGGCACGGCUGAUGCUGUCCAAAAUGUGGCUUGCUGUGAGCAAUCCGCUACAUCUCCAAGACACUGCCGACGGUGCUGCUUCUCUCAGUCUCCGACGCGUAGCCUUUGAAAGGUCCGUCGAAAUGCUGGAGCUAGCAGACUCUUUAGAAACAGGGCAUAGAGCUGCACGAUGGCGGUGGCUGUUCAUGACACACGUCCAGUGGCACGCUGUUGUCUUUGUGCUGGCCUAUCUCUGCGUCCAUCCCACCGAUGAGCUGUCCCAUCGUGCAUGGCUGGUGAUGGACAGAGUCUGUGAGCGGUGGCCUCACGAUAGUCGCUCUAAGAAAGGGAUGCUCUGGAAGCCUAUUCACCGACUCAUGGACCGCGCGCAACAAAUUCGGGGCGGCCAAGGAGGAAAUCCUCCAAAAGAGCCCUGUGUCUUCGAAGAGAGCCAUCACCAGUUUUACCAUAAUCCUCCACCAGGUGCCCCUUCGCAAACUCGAGUCUUGGCGACCCCGCUCACAAUAUUCGAACCGAUGACUCAAUCUACAGACCUUGCCAGAGAGAACGCUGCCCCUUCAAUCCCUCCGACAUGUCAAGGCACCGAUGAAGCUGAGCAUCACCUCACUACAAGUAUCGGCCUAGCAGACAGCAGCUCUACACCCAACUUUGGGGUUUCCGUGCAGGCUCCCGGCAUCGAUGGCCUCCAGGAUCUCCAGGACCACCAGUCAGACUGGGCCAACAUCCUACAUGAACUGCAGCAUGGGUUUCAGGAGGACCCAUACGCCGACAUGACAGAUCCAACAGAGGCAAUAAAUGAGUACGGCAACAACCUCUGGGGCAUGCUCUAG